AUGUCGGCCAUGAUUUACAACCCCAACAAUGUCGCCACCGAGGCAAGCCUAUAUACGACCAAACUCGAGCGGGAAGGCGGCCUGGAGUUUUGCCUUGACCAGGAGGGCCAUGGCAGGCUGCUCGGCGAGGCCAUUUUCUCGCGCGCAAAGGAAAGUAAAGGCGUGGAUGUCGAGGGCGAGAAAGACUACAUCCGAGACAAGAUCCCUGUUCGUGACAACCAGGAACUGUUCGAGGACAAAGAAGUCUGGGAGUGGUUGUAUAAGCUGGGAGGCGAUCUCAUGAUCAACGCCCUUGCGACCAAUUUCAAGAUUGGCGAUGAGGUGAAUCAGGAUGUGACGCUGAACGGCCGUCAUCAACCAAACCAGCGCGAAGCCAACUGCCUCAGCCAAUGGAAGCUUUCCGUCUCAUCGGAGAACGACGUGGUCAAAGAGCGACCCCUCCUCCUCACAUCCUCCGAGUUCGGAAAGAAACCGUGCGGCAAUGGAGUGGUUGUUGUGCUGGAUGAUGUGUUGGAAGCCAGCUUGCAACCCCUGACGUACGAGGAAGCGAAGAGUGGAGACGCUGAAACUAUUGCCACGGGGACCAUCAACAUCGGCGACACAGCUGCGUCUAGGCUGACUUGGGUGAUGUCAAUAAUCAAUAUGGAUCCUGCUGCUGAGGAUGAGGACCAUCAACAUUGA